AUGCGCGAGUACACGGAAAAGAAGGAAACAUGUGGGACCAUCUGCCUCAAGUACCUGCUUUUCAUCUUCAACUUCUUUUUCUGGCUGGCUGGCGGGGCCGUGAUGGCUGUGGGCGCCUGGACCCUGGCUGAGAAGAGUGACUACAUCAGCCUGCUCUCCUCCAGCACCUAUUCGGCCACCGCUUACAUACUGGUGGUGGCCGGGGUGGUCGUCAUGGUCACCGGCAUCCUCGGUUGCUGCGCCACCUUCAAAGAGCGGCGGAAUUUGCUACGAGUGUACUUCAUUUUGUUGCUGUGCAUCUUUCUCCUGGAGAUCAUCGCUGGAAUCCUGGCCUAUAUCUACUACCAGCAGCUGAGCAUGGAGCUGAAGCAGAACUUGAAGAACACCAUGACCCAGAAGUACCGCAGGGAGGGAGAAGAGAGCGUUACCAGCGCGGUAGACAAACUGCAGCAGGAGUUCAAGUGCUGUGGGAGCAACAACUACACGGACUGGGCUGACAGCGUGUGGAUCAAAUCUGUGGAGGCCAACGCGCGCAAAGUCCCCGACAGCUGCUGCAAGACGAUCACUGACCUGUGCGGCCGAAGAGACCAUCCUUCCAACAUCUACAAGGAGAGCGGCUGCAUUACCAAGCUGGAAAACUUCAUUCAAGAGCAUCUGAAAAUUAUCGGGGCGGUGGGGAUCAGCAUCGCUUGUGUGCAGAUCUUUGGGAUGAUUUUCACCUGCUGCUUGUACAGGAGUUUAAAGGCGGAACCGUAUUAA